AUGGCGAGCAGAGUGGCAAGUCACCUGAGAGAGAAUAAUUACCGUGGGAGUGGAGGUGGAGGAGGUGGUGGUAGCGGAGGGCGGUAUAAUGAUAGUGGACGAGGAUAUGGAGGAAGCCGGACUCGGAAACCUUUCCCAACAGAACCUCCAUACACUGCAUUUGUUGGAAACCUUCCACCAGGUGUUGUCCAAGGAGAUAUUGACCAGAUUUUUAAGGAGCAAAGAGUACGGUCGGUGAGAUUGGUACAUGACAAUGAUUCGGGCAAAUUUAAGGGGUUUUGCUAUGUUGAAUUCGAAGAUGCUCAAAGCUUAGAAGAUUCACUGACAUAUGAUGGUGCAUUAUUUGUUGACAAAACCAUCAGAGUGGACAUAGCAGAGUCACGGCGUGGUGAGAGAGGAGGAGGAUUUGAUCGUGGCCGUGGCAGGGGGCGAGCUGGUGGAAGAGGUGGUGGGGACAUGAAUGAUUUUCGAGGAAGACGAGAUGCUGCGGAUGACUUUGGUCGUUAUAGAAGGGAUGAUGACCGAGGUGGAAGAGGUGGGCGAGCAGGCUUUGUUGGUGGCACAGGUGGUAGAUAUGGUGGAUUUGAUGAGCGAGGAGGAUCUGACCGAGGUGGAGGUGAGCGAGGAAGCUUUGCUGGGAGAAGUCGUGGUGGACCACCUGGAUCACUUAGUGGGGACCGUGGUGGACGAGGUGAAGGUUAUAUGAGACGGGACCGUAGAGAUAGUGAUCGGUCUCGUAACUUUGAUGAUUUCAAAGAACCAGAUCCAGAGGAGUUGUCUCAGAGGCCAAGACUGAAAUUAUUGCCAAGAACUAAAAAGGACCCUGUAAACCAGAUUGCAGAAACUUCGCAAACAAGCAGUAUAUUUGGUGGAGCAAAGCCUCGGGAGGAAAAAGCUAGAGAUGAAUUAAAGGACUAAAAUAAUUAUUUUCUGUAUUCCAUCUGUAGCAGAUGGUGUUGAUAUGCACAGUUGGACCUGCAUACUUUUGGUUGAGGCUUUUUAUUCCUGCACUAUGUUGUACAUAAGAGGAUUGUGAACCCUGGCCCCUUUCCUCAGCCUUGCAUCUGUAGGAUUGACUGGGCCAUCACUGUCCUCGUCCUCGUCUACUGCUGAAGCAAUGGUUGUGGUCGAGCAGCAACAAUGGUUAUUGUGAAUUUUUGAAGUGAAAGGUGUUUACUGGCUUUAACCGCAGUGUUAAACUUGCUGAGGCUAUUAACAUGAAAAAUAAAGAAUAUACUGUGUGGGUUUGUGUAUUGUGACAUUGAACUUGCCCAGUGAUUUGAACCCAUUGUGAAAGUGUUAAUAAUAGACUACAAAAAUUUCCAAGCCUUUCAGAUCAUUAUUGCUUUGUAAGAGACUGGCACUCCUUUUGGUGUCAUGAUGAAAUGUGUGAAAUUAACUUACACUUCAUGUAAUAUAGCUUUCACACAUAGUAAGCCCCAAAUGGCAGCCAGUGGGACCCCAGAAGCUGGUGUGAUACAAAUCAUUGGUAGCCGCAGAGCUUACAUAUAAUGCCCCGCCAACUCCCGCCCCCCCUCCUUUUUUUUUUUUUACCCCUUCUAUGUAUGCAAAAUAAGUACCACAUGCCACAGUGUUGUCUUGCCAAAUUGGUUGUUAAAUGUAUUAUGCUUCUAGGAAUAAAUGGCUAAGAUAGCACGGUGGCCUGCAGUACAAUUAAACUAAGUAUGACUAUCUAUUGUUAUGAAACUUUACAUUCGGGCAUUCUUGGCUUUUGCCAAGGCAUUCCUUUGUGUUAACAAUAUAGUUGCCGCUCCUAGUUGUUGACUUAAAGAUUUAGGUUUGAUGCAGCAAGUAGAUGCAUGUAGUGGUGCAGACUCCUAUGGAACUUGGGGAGCCUAUGCAGUUUCUCUUUGUUCUUCAGAACUCUCUACCAACUUUUUACAUAACAGAUCCACACUUACCUGCAUGGUGGAAUCUUUUGAGAGACAAUAUAAAUCACUUGCUGGCAAGGCAUUAGGUUCUGUUACUUAUGUGUUAAUAUUGUGUUGCUUUUUUUGUAUCCUGUAUUUUUAUCCAGUAAUUGUUCAAGGGAUGUCUGUCAUUCAGAUGAAAAAAAAUUUCCUUUUAAAAUAAUAUCUAAUGUGAUUCUGUUCAGACUGUACAGAUCACAAUAAAUUUAAGUACUUUCUA